AUGAAGACGUUCAGCUUAAAGCUAUUUUUUGGAAAUAAAAAAAUAGCCCAUAAACUUUUAACUAGAACUAUAAUUACAACAGCACAAAUUAGAAGUAAACAAAUUGAUGAACGUUUUCUUGACAAUGACCCAGAUAGUGUGAUUUUUCAAGAAUUUGGUGAUAAAGGCCUAGUCACCCUGAAUAGACCGAAAUAUUUGAAUGCUCUGAGUUAUUCAAUGAUGUCAAAAUCACUGUCAACUCUUACACAAUGGGAGCUAAUAAAACAGGUCAUUGUUGUGAAAGGAGCUGAAGAAAAUGUAUUUUCUGCUGGAGGAGAUAUAAAAGAACGCUUUUUUUUUAUGAAAAAACCUGAUGGUAGAGAACUUGACAGAAUGUACUUUUCGGGUUGUAUAAGAUUACUCGAAAAAAUUGGAACAUACAAAAAGCCAUACGUAUCAUUGAUAAGUGGAAUUGCGAUGGGAGGUGGAGCUGGCGUUUCGGUUCUUGUAAAAUACAGAGUCGCAACUGAAACAACACUUUUUUCAACGCCUGAAACAUCAAUUGGAUUGUUUCCCAACUCUGGUUGUACAUACUUUCUUCCAAGACUGGAAGGAAAACUUGGUUGGUAUCUGGGUUUAACAGGACAUCAUUUAAAAGGUCUAGAUGUCAAAUUGGCUGGUAUUGCUACACACUUCGUGCCAGCCUCAAAACUUCAAGCAUUAACUGAUGCAUUAUUAUCACCCGGAAAUCAAAAUGUGGAAGAAAUACUUAAAAGCUUUGAUGAACAUGAUCCUGCAGCUGAGUUUAGUUUAGCUAAAUAUUCAAAACAGAUUGACGAAUGUUUUUCUGGUGACACUGUGGAAGAAAUCAUUUAUAGGUUAAAGGUGGAUGGCAGCGAAUGGGCCCAAAGUGUUAUUCAUACUCUUCAGAAAAUAUCACCGACAUCCCUCAAAGUUACACUCGAAGCUUUGAAGAGAUCAAUAAAUAUGAUCAGUCUUACUGAAUAUCUAGAGAUGGAAAGUAAUCUGACAGAAAAUAUGAUAAUGCUCCAAAAAAGUCCAGACUUUCAGGAAGGUGUUCGUGCAUUAUUGGUUGAUAAAAAUCAUAAACCCAUCUGGAACCCAAGAAAUCUCGAAGAUGUUACAGAUCAAUAUAUUGAUAGUUUAUUCACCAAGGCUGUUUAGUUUAGAAUUUAAAGUAUUCAACAUAAUAAACUUGAUGUUAUAUACUUGAAAAAAUAUAAAAACUAUUGAAAUACUUACGUUGUUUACUUACUUUA